GUUUACAUUCAAACCACAAAUUUUAGAUUCAAGAUAUUUUGAAUAUACAUAACAUGAGUAUGGUUUAGAUUUUUUCUUGAAGCUGACCAACAGAAAAGAGAAAUCUAGCAGGCUAAAUGUUUCUUCUCUCUUUUAUCUUUUUGUCAGAGAAUCAGAACGGCUAAGUCCUAUAUAUAUCCACUUAAAAUCAACCACGUCAUCAGGCUCACCGUAAGCCACCAACAUACAUCAACACUUGAUUACAGCUGAUUAAAAAUAUCGUCAACAGAUUCUCCUUCCUCUUUAAAUCAGUCCUCUGUUUUUUUCCCAUCUCUGUUUCGCUCUCAAAAGAAGAAGCAGAAGAAACAGAGCAUUCACAAUUUUUCCACUACCCAAUCAUGGCAUUGAUCUUCUUCUUCUUCUUAUCGAGUUGUUUCUUAUCCGGAGUUAUGUCGCGGAGCUUCAUAAUCGCGAACAAAUGCGACUACACAGUCUGGCCGGGAAUUUUAUCUAACGCCGGAGUUCCUCCAUUACCGACCACCGGCUUCGUACUCCAGAAAGGCGAGACGCGUACAAUCGACGCGCCGUCUUCUUGGGGAGGUCGUUUCUGGGGAAGGACACUCUGCUCAACCGAUUCCGAUGGAAAAUUCACCUGCGCAACCGGAGAUUGCGGCUCCGGUAAACUCGAAUGUUCCGGCACCGGCGCUGCUCCUCCGGCGACUCUAGCCGAAUUCACUCUCGACGGAUCCGGCGGACUCGAUUUCUACGACGUGAGUCUCGUCGACGGCUACAAUGUCCAGAUGCUGGUCGUCCCUCAAGGCGGCUCCGGCCAGAAUUGCAGCAGCACCGGCUGCGUCGUCGACUUGAACGGUAAAUGUCCGUCGGAGCUAAGGGUGAAUAGCGUCGGCGGCGGGAAGCAGGCGGUUGCGAUGGGGUGUAAAAGUGCGUGCGAGGCGUUUCGGCAGCCGGAGUAUUGCUGCAGCGGCGCGUUUGGGUCGCCUGACACGUGUAAGCCGUCUUCAUACUCGAGGAUUUUUAAGAGCGCGUGCCCACGCGCUUAUAGCUACGCGUAUGAUGAUAAGACAAGUACUUUCACGUGCGCCAAAUCUCCUAACUACGUCAUCACUUUCUGUCCUUCUCCCAACACAAGCCUAAAAUCAUCUGAGGAACAGAGCACAGAGACGACGACGAUGACAACUCCGACCUCCGGCAGUACGGCGACAUCACCGAUGGUUUACGAAGGUGCUCUGGACGAAAGCAGUGGCUCACCAUCCACGUGUAAUUUCGGCUCACAUGUAAUCUCAGUCGCUUUCUCGCUUGGUUUUUGUCGGAUGUGGCGUUUCUUCUGACCAGGCUCUAUCUGCCACGUAUGGGAAGAAACAAUGAUUUAUGGGUCUUAGAAGGCCGUUUUCUCGUCAUUAGUAGAACUGUUUUCCGAUU